AUAACAAUAACAACAACAACAAUUCGGGAAAAUAUAGUUUGAAUUGUUUGGAGUUGGAUUAUGGAUGGUGUGAGAGGCCAUGCGCUAUUACUUCCAUUCCCUGCACAGGGGCACAUAACUCCCCUAAUGCAACUAGCCAACAUUCUCAUUAGCAACCAUAUUGUGGUAACAUUUGUUAACACAGAUUUUUUAGAGAAGCGCUUGAAUCAUACGUUUACUCACUAUCUAAGGUUCGAGAGUUUCCCAGACGGCCUUCCGCCAGAUCAUGUCCGCACUUUGAAGUUGCCAGAACUUUGCGAGUCCCUGCAAAAGCAUGCCCCAUUUCAUGUCCACAAUAUUGUUGAAAAGAUUGAGCAAUCAGUCCAUGUGCCUCCGCUGACAAUAAUCAUUGCAGACGGCGUAUUCUCUUUUACUCAGCAGAUCGCCGACAAAUUUGGCGUACCCAGAGUUGCCUUUUGGACAACUAGUGCCUGCGGUUUCUCUGCUUACUAUUACAUGCCCCUCCUCAUUCACCAUGGUUAUAUACCGCUCAAAGAUGAUAGAGAUCGCUACAAGAACGAUGUCAUCACUUGUAUUCCUGAAAUGGAAGCUCUGCGUGUGAAAGAUCUGCCCAGCUUUCUCACUGUAACCGAUGCUGAGGAUUAUAUGUUUCAGUACCUGCUGAGGGAGGCACAAAACACUCACCCGGCUUCCUUAGUUUUGCUUAACACCUUUCAAGAGUUAGAAGGACCCCUGUUGAGCGAUCUGAAUUCUAAAUUCGGUAAUAAAGUGCUCUCCAUCGGUCCACUUUUGCUCAGCUCUGCAGGCUUUGGCGAUGCGAUUGCGGGAACAAACAGCAGCAUAUGGAAUGAAGAAAAGUCGUGUCUGGAGUGGCUGGAGAAGCAAAAGGAAUCAUCAGUAAUAUAUGUGUGUUUCGGAAGCAUCACUGUGUUAUCUGAUGAAGAGCUUGUGGAGUUCGCGUGGGGAUUGGAGGCAAGCAAUCAGCCAUUCUUGUGGGCGAUCCGUCCUGACCUUGUCCAAGGCAGCCGUGCUGUGCUGCCUGAUGAGUUUGUGGAGAAAACGAAGGAGCGAAGCUUUUUCGUUAGCUGGGCACCACAAAGUAAGGUUCUGUCUCAUCCCUCCGUGGGAGGAUUUCUUACGCACAGUGGAUGGAACUCAACACUUGAAAGCAUAAGCUCGGGGGUGCCCAUGAUAUGCUGGCCGUUCUUUGCAGAGCAGCCGACAAACAGGAGAUUUGUAGAUGAUGUUUGGAAGGUGGGUUAUGAGAUGAGGGAAAAUGUUGUAAGAGAAGAGGUGGAAGUGUUGGUGAGGAAGUUGAUGAAUUUGGAGGAUAAUCAAGGCAGAGAGAUGAGAGUUAGACUGAAAAAGUACAAAGACAAGGCAAUUACUUCAGUCAAAGAGGGCGGCGCUUCUUACAAGAAUAUGCAAGAAGUUUUAAAGCAGAUGCAGAUGAAGACUGGCAAUUGAAUUUUUAAAAGAUUUUCUAUUGUCUUGUGGGUCACUGGUUGUUUUUCUUUUUGAUGACUUGUCUACAUUAUAGAGGGGGAAUCGGAAUUUUUCCAUUCUUUCUGAAAUUACAAGUAGCAAAUAAUAUGAUAUAUUUGUUU